UUUAAGAAAAAAUAUAUAUUCUAUGGCUAAUAAUAUUUUAUAUACGUUUAAACUGCUCUUGACUUUUCUCUAUAUAGUCUUUGUUAGCUCAGAGACUAAUAAGCAGCACAAAAAUGAAGAUGAAAAGUAUUCGGAAGAAUCUAAUGCUUUGUUAUCAGAUAUUCCUAUCAAUAAACUUGGGAAAUAUUCAAAUAUUAAAAUGUUUUCACUUAUUGACAUGCUUUCUGGAUUUACUACGGAAGUUAAUGAUAUUCAGAAAUGGGCAGAAGAUUAUUAUUCAUCUAUUUUUUAUGAUGAAAACGUAGAUAUAAGAGCUGCAGCUAGAGAAUAUAUUCAGACAAAGCUUUCAGAAUCUAAUGAUUGGAAAGUGAUAGAACGCAAAUCAUUUCCAAAUCAUAAAUUUCAUGUUCGUAAAGCAUCUUUAAGUUUAGAUACAGUUGUUCAGUAUUCCGGAUAUAUUAGUUUUGAAGAUAAACAUUUAUAUUAUUAUUUCUUUGAAUCAAGGUCUUCUCCCUUAAAAGAUCCUCUUGUUUUAUGGCUAGAAGGCGGACCAGGAUGUUCAUCUCUUUUUGGUCUUUUUUUUACAAUAGGCCCUUCGAAGUAUGAUCAAAAAGAUAAUUAUGUUUACUAUAAUCCUUGGUCAUGGAAUCAUCGUUCUUCUUUGAUUUUUUUGGAUCAGCCGGUAGAUGUCGGGUUUUCAUAUUCUGAUAAUCAAAAAGUUUCAUCAACGGCACAUGCAUCAUGGAAUUUUUACAUAUUUAUGAUUUUAUUUUUUACAGCAUUUCCUCAAUAUUCUCAUCUAGAUUUUCACAUGGCGGGUCAAAGUUAUGCUGGUCAUUAUCUUCCAAUUUUUGCUUCUGAAAUUGCACAAUAUAGAAAAUAUCCAUUAAACUUAACUGAUAUUCCUGCAUCGUUAGAAAGGCUUCCAGAAAUCAAUAUUAAAUCAAUUAUGAUAGGAAAUGGGAUUGUUGAUCCAUAUAAUCAAAUGCCAUAUGUUUAUUAUGUUGGAUGCGAUUCAUCUCCAUGGGGGAGGAUGUUAUCUAAAGAACAGUGCAAAGCCAUGAGGCAUUCUAUACCUAAAUGUCGCUAUUUUCUAGAACUCUGCGGAGAAUUCUCUUCAUGUGAAUGUACAUGUUUUAGUUCUAUAACUGCUUGCAAUACUUUUUUUUUAGAACCAUUUUUAAUGAGAAGUAUAAAUUUAUAUGAUCGCCGUACAAAAUCAGAAGGAGAUAUUGAUGAAGAAUAUAAAAAUUUUUCUAAUUUUAUAAAUCAAAACAAAGAUUUUUUUAAUGCUACAUCUAAAUAUAUUUUUUGCAAUUUUAAUGUAACCGACAGAUUCCACAAAAAAGGAGAACUAUCAGAAUCUGUUGUUUUUUUUAUUAAGUUAUUACUUAUAAAUAAUAUUAAGGUAUUGAUUUUCUCCGGAGAUCAAGAUAUUAUUUGUAAUUGGUAUGGAACUGCUUCAUGGGUUCAUAAAAUGAAAUGGAAUGGUUCUAAAGAGUUUAAUAAUUUAGACUUUAGAACAUGGUCUCUCAAAAGAAAGUUAGGAAACAAAUUAAAAGGAACAAUAGCUGGACAAGUCAAACACCAUUCUGGAUUAACGCUGCUUCGAGUACGUGAUGCAGGGCAUUCUGUUGGCGAAACACAGCCAGAAUAUAAUUUUGAAAUGUAUUUAAGAUGGAUGCAAGGUGAUUAUGCAUUUGAGGAUUAAUUUUAAUUACGAAAUAUUUAUUUAUACUAUUUUUAAUACUCAUUCAUUCGAAACUAAAUUAUUAAAAAUUUUUACUAAAUGUAUACACCUGGAUUCUUAUUUUUCAAUUGCUUGUCCUUAGUUUUUAUUUAGAUUAUUUUUAUUAUUAAAAAUAAUUUUGUUUUAACC